AUGAGCGACGACAAAGCAGAAGCGAAGGAGAGCGGCGAGGACACAGUCACCAUCACGACCUACGACGACCUAAACGACCUCACUGGAUCAAAGGACAUAAGGACGCUCCUAAUCCUCGUCUUGAUCUCCUUCGGAAUAUUUAUCAACCCACUUCAGACAAUUAAUUACCAGUUCUUGGGUGCCACUCCGGACUACUGGUGCCACGUACCCCCUCUGGUGGAUGCCAACUGGACUCAAGACCAGAUCUUAAGUCUAGCUAUUCCCAAUGGGAAUAGCAGUAAUCAGCGCAGUAGUUGCGCCAUGUACGACUACAAUUAUACCUUAGCGGCUGAGUUGGGCUUCGAAGUGGCUUCCUCGAGUCUUGAGUUUUCCUUUGAGGAUGGCGAGGAGGUCAGGACAGUCAAGUGCUCCUCCAGAGACUUCGACAGGAACCAGUACGAGUCUACGGUCGUGACGGAGUGGGAUCUGGUAUGCGAGCGCCGUGUCCUGUACUCGACGACUCAGGCUGUCAGCCAGGGGGGAGCUCUCUUGGGUUCCCUCGUGGUCGGCUACCUCUAUGACGUGAUCGGCCGUCGCCCAGUCGUCCUCCUGAGCUCCACCCUCUUCACUCUUUCGGGGUUCUUAGCGGCGGUUUCCCCUACGGUCGAAUUUUACAUCUUUAUGAAGACUAUCAUUGCCUUUAUGGCUUCGGGGAUUUAUCUUGGCUGUUUCGUGUUGGUUAUGGAAUUGUGUUCCUCUCGCCAUCGUUCUACCGUAUCUGUCAUGUUCGUGGUACCCUGGGCUCUCGGCUACAUGGCACUACCAGGCAUCGCUUACCUAGUAAGGACUUGGUACUGGCUACAAGUGGCGCUUACGGUCCCCGCCCUUUACACUGUUUCUUACUUUUGGCUGCUCCCAGAAUCCCCACGUUGGCUCCUGGUGAAGGGAAAAUACGAAGAGGCCCUCAGCGUGUUCAAAUGGCUCGCGAGGAUCAACGGAAGAAAACUGCCACCUGACGAAGUUCUCCUACAGGCUAUCGAGAACAUAGCAACGCUGGGCGACAAGGAGAAGCCAAAAGCGGACCAAGAGGCUAUGGAGGACCUCGCCGCCCGAGUCCUGGCCGCCGUGAAGGAGUUCUUUGCCCUCGUGACCACCGCGGGCCUCAGGGGAAGGGCGGCGGUCGUCUUCUUCUGCUGGUUCGCGCGUUCGCUCAUCUACUACGGCGUCGCUCUCAACGCCACGAAUUUGAGCACCGACCCUUACAUAUACAUGUUCUUAGGCGGUCUGCUUGAGAUUCUUUCCUACGCGUUGCUGUGGCCGGCUAUCAUCUAUCUCGGGAGGAAGAGGUCGCUUGUGGGGCUUUAUCUCGUGUGCGCUGUCUCCAUCUUCGCUGUUAUGACUGUCCUGAUUGUGACUCCUGGAGAAACUGGUACUUUGAUGAUCUUCCUGGCACUGUGUGGAAAGCUCGCCAUAACAGCAGGCUUCCAUCUGGCAUACAUCUUUACCGCCGAACUUUUCCCAACGAGUUACCGCUCCCUCGCCGUGGGACAAGCCAACGUCUGUGCUAGUAUCGGGAGCACUUCUUCGCCGUACAUCAAUGAUAUUUUGGGUGUUGUAACUGUAUGGGUCCCGUCCGCCAUCUUCGGAUCCUUAGCUCUGAUGGCUGCCGGCCUAGCUGCUUUACUGCCGGAAACCAAAGACUGCGAUCUUCCCGAAACGAAUGAAAUCCCACAAAGUCGCCAAAGGAAAAAUUCGCAAGAUUCCUACGACUUCUAG